AUGAAAAAGGUGCAGCAUAAUGGCCGCAAUGGAGGAGGUGGGGGUGGCAACGGCGGUGGUGGUAACAAUGGCAAUGGUGGAGGAGGGAGUGUAAACAGUUAUGGCUACAGACGUCCUCUCAGUAACGCCAGCUCGUCUUCAAUCGGCAGUAAUAAGAGCAACAGCUCUAAAGAUUCAUGCCCUGGCAGCAGAAUGAUUAAACAUGGUGACCGUUCUUCAGACGGACGCAAUGGGGGUUAUGAAGUGCCCAUAACAUCAAUCCCACGCCCGGGCAGUGCCCCCAAGCCAAGUGGCAUGUCAAUGUCUGAUAUGGGACCCGAGGCCUACAGCAACACAACAUUGGAAAGAAGAAAGAAGUCGGGCGGAAAUAUCAACAAGUCGACAAGUUCAUCUCAGACCGAUUCUGAGUUGUACAAGUCGAAUACGCUGGGAAGAAAGAUAUUUGGUAGCCGUAACAGUUUGAGUAAUAAAAACGGUGAGGCUUUAUGUAACAGUACAAUUAUUUCAAACCCUCAUGCCACCUAUAGCAAACACGAUACAUCUGGCCGUCCGUACACUCCUCAGAAUCAAUGUCAUCAGGCUUACUCAAACUAUAUUUCCUUAGAAUAUGCCAGUCCACGGCAUUCUGGUUCUGCUAAUAGCCCUUGGCUGAAAAACAGCAAUGGAAACUUGAGUUCCAUGAGCCACCAUAGUCCUAUGCAAAUGUCUGAGACAGAGAGCAUGGAGUCUAUCUCUUCCACGGCUUCCAGUAUUCAAGCUCAACUUCAACAGGCCCGGGCCCUGAGCAGUGCCAAUUCUCGUAUCUUGGCACAUCAGAUGGCUCAGAGCCCCAAUAUGGGCCUGCAUCGCUCUAAUAGUAUCAGGUCCACGCAAUCCGAAUGUCUCUACUCUAGCAAUCAGCACACAAUUUCAGAGGAUCUGACACGUACAAAUUCAUACUCCCAAAUCAACAGUCCACACGACCAGCCUUCGUCCCCUACACCAAGCAAUAGCUCGCACUCAUCAUCCCGCUUCACCUAUCCCAUGACUGCUUACAAUCCCAGCAUGCUAAGCCAGAGUUAUACGCAGAAUAUGGUACGAUCAAAUACACAGUCCAGCAUGCCUUACAGCAGCCUUGCCUUGUCCAAGAUCAGCAAAGAAGAGGAUGCUAGCAUGCAUGGUUCUUCCUUGUCUCUGGUAUCCACGUCAUCUUCCAUUUACUCAUCUGCUGAAGAAAAACAAAACCAAGAGAUCCGUAAACUACGGAGGGAGCUCGACUCUGCCCAAGACAAAGCUUACUUAUUUAUCUACCUCAUUCUGUUCACAUCAUCUCAGUUUACUUUCAUCUAUGUAUCAAACUCAUUCUUUCCUAAAAUAUUCAAUGAAGAAAUUAUUUUCUUUACCUUAAUAAACACUUCUUUUAAAUCACAUUAG